AAAAGGGGGUCUGCUGGGCGGCGAGGGAGGAGGGGGAGCGAGUGUUUUCUAACACAUCUGUAAACGGAGCCCACGUUCAUUAAUUAAAUGGCUUUAGUCCGACUAGGCCUCAAUUUGCGCUGUUGAGCAGCAGGCGGCGGGCGGAGUAACACUACAUACCCGACUGUCAGCCCACAAUCAGAGGGGAGGAGUCUGGAGAGACAUUUAGCACUGAAAGCAAUGGAGUGGCUGAGUGGCUGUGCCCCCUGUGCCAAAAAGGGCAACCCAACAGAUCCUGCCUGUCUCUACAUCUCACUGAGCAACACAGCGUACUUCCAUCUUGUGUCGACAAUCUGCUGGACAUUGCUGUUAUAAAACAGGGUUCCAGUAGAGGAGAAGGAAACAAAAGUGAUCUUAAGUCUUCAGGUGCUGAAUCUUCCCAACUGAAGCACGCUGAAGUCAGCGCAGAUCCCUGCCAAUCUAGUGAGAGUUCAGACGCCACCCAGACGCCCGGAGACAAAGAGAUGGAGGAAGGGAGAAUAACGGAACCGGAGGGAGGCGACGCUGAGUCAGUGCCAGAAGAGGAGGGAAAUCAACUCCCAGGAGCCAAACAGCAAAAUACAACUGAAAACACAGAAAUCCCAGACACUAGGGACAAUUCAGUUAAAAAUGGUGUGCAAGCUGAAAAUAACACCCAGUCAUUCAAAUGCAAUGCCUGUCAGGAAACUUUUCCCGGCAAAACUGCCUUGAAAGUUCAUUACAACUCUGCAUCCCACAUUCAGAGGAUGACAAAAGGCCCUGCAAAACAAGGUGGGGACCUCGAUCCCCCGGCUUCCUCGUUUCCUUUCCUUUCUCGGCCAUAUGUAUUAUACAAACCCUACCAGUGUGCUACAUGUCACGUCUCUUACAAUCAUGCCAUCACCCUUGAGAGCCAUAUGAAAUCUGUCUUGCACCAGACCCGUAGCAGAAAUGCAAAAAGCGCAGUUGCCACUGCUAGUUUGGGAGGAACCACCACCGGUGUUUUAAACACUGUAGUGACCACAUCUGGAAGUGGAACCAGUCAGUUAGUUACCACCACCAACUGUGCUGCUCCUGGGACCUUAAUGGUGACUACUACAAAAGAGGGAGAGCAGCUUCAAGCGUCUCAAGUAGCUCCCUCCCUCCUCAGCUCCCCUGUGGCCUCAGCUCAGGCAGUCUCAGCCUUUCUCACCCUCCUCACAUCUAGCCCCAACAACCUCCCGCACUCUCUCCUCCCCUCCCUGUUUGCAGCUGGUGCUGUUCCUGGUGCCGCCGUGCCUCAGCUCGUGCCUCAGCCUCAAAUGGUCCUGCCCUUGAUCUUGAAUGGGCUCCAAGCCCAAACCCAGCAGCACCAAGAGAACCAGCAAGGCCAGCUCCUAACCCAGUGUCUGCCAUUUGUAGGUCUGAGCAUAGCACAGCAGGCUCUCCUAACUCAAAGACUUAACAGCUUACAAAACCUGUGGCCCUCUGCAGGAGUUCAAACAAACAUGCAGCCCUGCCUGGAAGAGCAAAAACAGACUAUAAAGUGUGAGAAAGAACAAGAAGAGCUGGACAGUGAUGCGACAGUUGAAGAGAAUGGCUCGGAUCAGAUCAAGGACAGCAAUAGCCUGAUUACAGAGGACCGUAACAAAUCUGCACAGUGUCCCAAUAUAGAAGUCAAAGUGAAGGUUGAUAAUAAGGAAGACAAUGGAAAGGCACAUAGAGAUAGCACAACAGAUGGAGACAGCUCGACUAAUCAGUUGGACCUGGAAGGUGAUAAAGACGCUAGCCUGAAUCUCUCCCCAGUGGGCACAGACAAGAGCCUCCGCAAUAAGAAUCUCUCGCCUUCUGCAUCUGUGGCCAGCAACUCAAGCCUAAGUCCUUUAAAUUUAAAUCUUACACUUAGCCCUGAUUCUACCCCUCAAAAAUCACAAUCUGGCACUAGCCCUUGUGGCUCUCUUGGCACCCCAAAAUCCAGCCCAAACACAAUUGCCUUAACGAAGAACCGAACUCGAGGCCAUUGUAAUGAAAUGAGAUUCAUUUAUGCAGACCUUCCAGUGCUGUCAGAGUUCCAGUCGGAGGUUCUCUGGGCGUUUUUUGAGUCACGCAGUGAGGCUGAUGCUGCAAGUCCUCCCCGUGAGGACUGUGAGGCGCUGGGCAGAGAAGUAGGGCUUUCUGAGGAAGACGUACGUAGGUGGUUGAGCCAAGCCAGACAUCUAAAACAAAGGCAGAGGGCCACAGGCUUACAACACCUGCAACGCUUGGCAGGAUUUACAAGGCAUUCCCAAAGUUCAGACAAUGACUAUGAUGACGAGGAGAGCUCACUGGUAAUAGCAGAAGAUGAUAUUGAACCAUCAGGUAGCCACGCGAUGGAUUUGUCUAGAACAGGAGGGAAACGCAGACAGAGGAAUUUGGGAAGGAGAGGUCGGGGGGAUUCCUGUCUCACUUCGGACUCAGAAAAUGAGGUGUACACCUCCAUCAUUGUGUCUGAUGAGGAAAGUCAGAAUGGAUCUUUAAGGGGGGGCCCUGAGAGCCCUGCUAAAGACGGACAGUCCGAAGUGGGGGUUGGAGGAAAGGUUUUGCGCUCUACAACCGUGUUUCUAUCUGAUGCAGAGGAUGAGUAUGAAAAUGAGGAGAAUGAAGGGGGUCCAAGGGCAAAAAGAAAAAAACUGAAGGGGGAGUUUGAUCAGGUGGAGGUGAAAAAGGAGAGACAGGACUCUGAUGUUGAUCUUGAGUUGGAGGCCCAAGGGGAUCCUCCAGGUUCACAGUCCCACGCUGAAAUUCCAACCAGUGCCCUCCACUCACUUCCCCUGUCCCUUGCUCCUUUUUCUACUCAGUUCCUCAGCCCCUAUGUCCUCUCUCUUACUCCUACACUGCUUGAUGGGUGCAAGUUACCCCUGUUCCCUAACCCACCGACAAUUACACGCUUCUCCAGCUCCCUUCUCUCGCCUUCCCUCUCAUCACACAGCCAAACUUCCCACUACCUGUCUAAUGGUGGUGACUGUGAGUCCGCCCUGGAUCUCAGCAUGGGAAAAAAUAACUCAAAAUCUGCCUCUUCCUCAUCAUCUCUGGCUGAUAAAAUUGCAGCACAAAAGGGACAACUGCUGGAUGGCCUUGGCUUGAGGCCAACCUCCAAAGGUCUGGUAGUAGUCCAGGUGAAACCUGAACCUAUUAAUUCCAUGUCCUCCAACGGCAUGAGUCUGAUAAACUAUAACAUGUCAAAGUCUAGUAUCUACAUGAGAGCAGCAGAGAAAAUGAAUGCCACACUAUUGGAAAGAGAGAGAGAAAAGGAGAGGGAGCAGGAUCAGCAGCAGAGGAAGUCCAAAGGCAAAAGGUAUCGGGAUAUGCGACGUUCAAGAACCAUCAUUCAAGCUGAACAACUUGACAUUCUGUAUGGCUGCUAUUUCAAAGACCCGAAUCCUGGGAAACAUGAGUUUGAACAAAUUUCAGAAUGGGUCCACCUUCCAAAGAAGGUUGUCCAGAUUUGGUUCCAGAACAUGAGGGCCAGGGAACGAAAGGGCGAGGUCCGAUUCAUCAGUGAUGGGACGCUGGCAGCGGUUGGAAAACCUCUAAUCAAGUUUACCUGGCCUCUUUCCAAACCCAUUUUCUCCAACAAACCUGCUCCAAAUAAUACUGGGUGCAUCACAACUACUCCUAUUGUGCGCACCCUCAUUAAGACGGAGAGAGAGCCAGUAAAGGAGCUGGCCAACCCUGUUGUGGGGAAAAAAAUAUGCCCAGUUCCUAUCAAGCCUAGGGAAGUUUCCUUAGUUUCCUCUACCACAGUCUCUCCUGUGAGCAGCAGUGCUUCUGCAGUGCCAAAGACCAAGCUCCAAACCACCAGCAACGUCACCAUGGUCAAAGUUGCACCCAAAAUGAUCACGCCUGUCCUUUUAUCCCCACCCAAGGAUCCAAUCCCCAUUGCACCAAGACCGGUCCAGAAAAGAAAGCUAGAAGACGAGAGCGAAGAAGAAAAGACGGACGAUGAGAGGGACAAUGACAUUGAGAUGGGUUCUGGGCCAGGAACCACUAACCGCAUGGUGCCCAAGCUGCCCACCGUCCUCAUCAACAACAGGCCCCCCGCCACGACAGUGGUGCCACAAAAACAGAACGGGCUCAGCUACUGGACCCCCAAGGUUCCCAUUAAGAUCAACACUUUAUCACGAGAACAGCUGGCUCUUCCGAAACACUCGUCUCCUCGUACCAUUCCCCCUCCUCCCACCCCCAGCAUUGCACCAGUUAGCCCCAAUACCCCCAUCUCUGCCAAAGUGGCCAGCCCCUCCACCCCGGUCCUAGCUAUAUCAAGCCCGACGGAAAGCAAAUUUCACUCCAGCCGAAGGCCACGCACACACCUGUCCUGCCUACAGCUGUCCAUACUGCAGUCCUGCUACGAGACCUGCGCCCACCCUAAUGCGAUGGAGUGUGAGGCCAUCGGCACCGAGCUCAACCUGCCGCUCAAGGUGGUGCAGAUCUGGUUUCAAAACACAAGAGCCAAGGAGAAGCGCUGGAGGCUGCAGCAAGAGAAAAUGUCUCCUCUGUCAGGUGGAAAAGUAGACAUGAGCUCGGGAAGCUACCUGCAGUACAACGCUCUCAAAGCCAAUCGUCCCAUUCUUCCGAAACCAGUUCAGCUGACCGUUACUGAAUCUCCAGCUUCCCCAGUGGCGGGUCAGCCAGGGCCGAAGGAGACUCUCACAGGCCGAUGUGACGCCUGCAGCAUCUCCUUUGAAUCCCGGGCAGCAGCGAGGGCACACGUCUUCUCCCCACGUCAUCUUGCAACCCUGAGAACCACUAACUUUGGCCAGCCGACGACGCUGGUCAACAAGAAUGGCACCGGCUCGCAGGUCCCUCAGUCCACUCCGCUAACCAGCUCGGGAGGGGAGAUGGUUAUCGAUUCGCCUCCACCCACGGCCACCAGCAACAGUUAAAGACUCAGAUCAGGAUUGGUCUGCACACUGACUAUUCUUGGACCCAUUUGGGCUCCUCAGAUUUUAAUAAAAUUUGAGCACUAAUCCUCGAGAGCUAAUAUUCUUUAGUUUUUGAAAAACUAGCUCCCCCAGCACCCACUAUCCCUUGCUCAACCUUCACCGACUCGAACUCCGUUAAUCUAAAGACUUCACCUGGAAUCAAAUACAACAGCAAACUCUUUCCAUGCUGCUUCACACUCACUCAGAUGCUGUCUUACAAGUGAUGAACUCAUCUCAAUCCUCACUCACUUUAUCCAAACAUGUUUGGUCCUACUCCUGUGGUUAUAUAUUACCUUAAUUCAAUUACCUUCCUAUGAUUUGUAAAGGCACUCAACUUUGCCAUGCUUGAACUUUGCUAACCUAAAGACGGAUGCAAAAGUGUUUCCUGUUUGCAAGUGGCCAUUUGACGAUAGGCCCGGAAACUUUUUGGGAUAAUAACGUGAAAAACUUGCAUAAAUAACUCCCAGUUUUCUCCUGUGGAAUUGUUUUUCUCAUGCCUACGUUCACUUCUAGGGCAAAGAAUGCUUGGAUAUAAUAUGACUGGACUGAACCAUUGGGAGAGCAAGAAGUGGUAUUGACUGUCACCUUUUUUUAUUUGCUACAGAAGUGUGAUCUGAAGAGUGUUGUGUCCAUUCAUUGGGAUAAAAAAAAAAUAGGUACUUUAGAGAGAAUAGGGCUUUUGAAUUGUCCCCAUUUACAUGUUAGCAGUUUUCAUGACAAUCCAAAUAGACAGGGCAAAAAGAGAGGCUGAGGAAAGUCUCGGCAUAUCGCACUUUUGACACAUUUUACCUAGUUUGAAAUGUUUUUAAGCAUUCUAAUGCAAGUGUCUUUUAUGGAAAGAUACAUAAAUGCAUGUUGGAUGCCUUAAUAUAAAUCACGUGAGAUAAAUUGAUUUUUGCUAGUCUAAUAAAACCUUCUUUAGGUGUGACUAUAAUAUUGUACAAGAAGCAGACCUGGAUAUGUACAUGAAGAGCUCUGUUCCAAAAGGCUUUUAUAUUAUUAUUAUUGGGGGGGUGGGGGGAAACAUCUCAAUGCCAUUCUGUACCUAGAACAUAGCAAAUUCCGCCUCUAAAGUUUUCAGCACUCUUGGCCAAGGACUAUAAUUACAUAACUACCAACUAUCUUGUUUUUGCAACACAUUUCUUUGAUCCUGUGGAUUUCCCUUUCCCUCCCAAUGGUAUAUAGUUCAUUUUGAAAUGCAGCUCUUCAAACUUGUUGGGGAAAAUAAAUGUUUUCACCAACUGUGGGUGCGUUAGAAAUUUGACAGCCUUAAGAAGAAACACCCCCAGGUAUAUGAAUUUAAGCCCAGGUGAUCUUCGUAUAAUAGUAGUGAAUUGAUUUCCUCCUCACCUGGCCUGGAGGGUCAGACCAAUUUAAUGAAUUUAAGGUUUUCUUUGCCAUGAAUACUGUGCAUAAGACAGGAAAUUUAAGUACUCAUUUUAUUUACUUCAAUAUUUAUACAAAAGCCAAUAGAAGCAAUUAAAAACUGAUGUAACAGAUUGUUUUAUUUAGGUCAAAAGCCAAGCCUCUAGAAAUAUUAUAUAACAGGGCUUGAAAUGGGCUGUUUCCCAUACUUUGUUCCCCACGUGUUUUGUUCUGUUUUGAUACAAAGAGUUACUAAUUCUGGUCAUGUAAUUCUGUGACAUGAGUUCUUAUAUUUGGAAACCAUAACAAGGGAGAAAGUUGGGUAUUACUAGUAUCCUUAAGGGACUAACGGAUACUCAAAUCUUGAAAGCAAAUUGGGAAACAUUAAACGUGUUGACUGAGAGCUAUGGUGCUGUGUUGAAGGACACAUAACAUACUAAAGAUGUUUUCCUUCAAUUUAAGUUGUAUAUUAAUGUUACUAUUGAUAGUUUUAACAAAAUGCAAAAUUAAAACAUGAACUUUUGUAAAGAAAUAUAUUAAAAAAAUAACUGAUAUUCCAAAGUAAUCCUUCCUUCGCUUUCUGUCAUUCAAAAACCAAAAAGCAAUCUUGAGGUCGACAGAGAGCAGGAGAGGUGUUUGUAAAUGCAAACUGUAAAGGACAUCCAACAGCUUGACACUUGCACUAGUCCACAAUUUUUGCACAAGCUACAGACAUUUCAAAUGAACACAGCCAUUUACACGACAUUAAAGUCACUUGGUGUGGUUUUUGAAACCAGGAUGGUAACAAUGUCCUUUCAUGAGUAAUAAUUUGUACUCCUGUUGGAAACUGUAUCUUGUGUGUCAAGCAACUGGACUGGAGUGCUUUAGCUUCAAGACUGGGAUUUCACAAACGCACACACACAGACACGGUGUUGCACUGUCCAAACUAGAUAGGUUUUUAUGGAGAUCUGCUUUUUACUCUCUUAUGUUUCAUUGUCACUUUGAUUAUCACUAUUGUUAUAACUGUACUACUACUUAUACGAUUUUUCAUUACUACUCAUCACUGUUUUUUGAUUAUUAUUGAUCCAUAAUGGUUUUAAUGCCACCUUUUUGCUCAAAAACAAUAUGGUAUUCCUCUAAUAUUGAACAAUAAUAGUGGCAGUGGUGUUAGAUUUUUGAUUAAGCUUAUUUUUUCUCCUCCUCACUUGUACCUGCCUUUUUUGUGUUUGGUCUCCAUUAUGCUUUCUUUGAUAUACAGAAAAAGAAAUAAAAUCAGUUGAACAACAA